AUGAAUCAUCGACCACAAAAUGAUCACUUGAGAAUAAAUAAGAAUGGCAAAUACAUUCGAAAGAAUAUUUUCCACCAAGUACACUUUAACGCUAACGCCAUAUCUCAGCCGCCGCAACCGAAAACGCAAGUGUACAUCAUAGACAAGAAAGACUUCAAAAGCGUUGUGCAGCAGCUAACGGGUUAUCAAUCAUGUGAGUCAUCACCUCAAAACCUUCCACAGCGUCAGAAGAUCAGACCGGAGCCAAUAAACCGGACCUCACCGGUUCCUCCCAAUGCCAUCGCGGUUCAAGAGGAUCUUCAUGCCUCGUUAUGUAGGCGUUAUCUUGAAAGCUUACUUGAAGACUCAUCAGAAUCUAAUGGCGAUCAAUUCCAACAACCAUUUGAUGAGUAUCAAUCUCAUAUGCUGGCUCAGCCUCAAGUUCCUAUACAAUCCAUGUCAUGUUCCAAUGGUCUUGAACCGGUCAAUAUGACCACUACUUUGACCUCUCCUAGAUUCGAUGGCUCGCCUCAACAAAUGGACGGUGCUUACUCAUUCAGUUCAACGGUUGAGUAUAAUCAACCACUGACUGCAAACCUCACAUUUUCGUCUAUGACUCAACCUGAAGAUUUCGAUUUUGAUAUAGCACAUCUAUGUUAG